GUUCUGAAGACACUUCCCAAGGCGACUUCCUGUCUCUCCAGUUUCUUUCCCUCUCCGUUUUGGUGGGCUGGUUGAAGAUGAAAUCCACUGAGGAGGGAAGUCCAGCACCCUGUGUGCCAGUCCAGAACUGGCCCAUCUGUAGACCCCCUGAAAAUCAUGGGCUUGGAUUUGGAUAUUCUCAACAGAAAGGGUUAAAGGCUGAUGGGACCAAGCCUGAAAUGAUCCUAGGUAAUUGAUAGAUCCUGUGGUUCAACUGGAUUUCUAGAUAGAAGCUGGAUUCAUGUGAUGCCAGAGAAGUAAACUUUCAAGAGACUGAAAUCAGAUCUGAGUCUCACUGUUCCAGUCUGGACCUCUUUGGUGCUGUAAAUCCUGGAUAUACGGUAGAUGAUUACUGCAUUUUUCUUUUAUGUAUGAAGAUAGAUAAUUCUUCAAGUUAAAGAUGGACUUUUCUCACCAGAAAUGGCUUUAUGGAAUCAAUUUGCAAAAAUGACUCUCUUCAGCUUCUGGAGACCUCACUAUCCUAUUAUGUCUUUGUGUGAAGACAUGCUGCUUUGUAAUUAUCGAAAGUGUCGCAUCAAACUCUCUGGCUAUGCAUGGGUCACUGCCUGCUCUCACAUCUUCUGUGAUCAGCAUGGCAGCGGUGAGUUUAGUCGUUCACCAGCUAUCUGUCCUGCCUGCAACAGUACCCUUUCUGGAAAGCUAGAUAUUGUCCGCACAGAACUCAGUCCAUCAGAGGAAUAUAAAGCUAUGGUAUUGGCAGGACUGCGACCAGAGAUCGUGUUGGACAUUAGCUCCCGAGCACUGGCCUUCUGGACAUAUCAGGUACAUCAGGAACGUCUUUAUCAAGAAUACAAUUUCAGCAAGGCUGAGGGCCAUCUGAAACAGAUGGAGAAGAUAUAUACUCAGCAAAUACAAAGCAAGGAUGUAGAAUUGACCUCUAUGAAAGGGGAGGUCACCUCCAUGAAGAAAGUACUAGAAGAAUACAAGAAAAAGUUCAGUGACAUCUCUGAGAAACUUAUGGAGCGCAAUCGUCAGUAUCAAAAGCUCCAAGGCCUCUAUGAUAGCCUUAGGUUACGAAACAUCACUAUUGCUAACCAUGAAGGAACCCUUGAACCAUCCAUGAUUGCACAGUCUGGUGUUCUUGGCUUCCCCUUAGGUAACAACUCCAAGUUUCCUUUGGAUAAUACACCUGUUCGAAAUCGGGGCGAUGGAGAUGGAGAUUUUCAGUUCAGACCAUUUUUUGUGGGUUCUCCCACAGCACCCGAACCCAGCAACAGCUUUUUUAGUUUUGCCUCUCCAAGUCGUGAAUUAGAGCAGCAGCAAGUUUCUAGCAGGGCCUUCAAAGUAAAAAGAAUUUGAGCCAUGCAUGGUGUCACACACCUGUGAUCCCAGCUACUUAGGAGGUUGAGGUUGGGAGGAUCCCUUGAGCCCAGGAGUCUGAGGCUAUAGUGAUCUAAGAUCAUGCCACUGCACUCCAGCUUGGGCAACAGAGUGAGACCCUGUUUCUAAAAAAAUAAAGAUAAUUUAGCUAACUUUGCAGAAUGUUUCUAUGUUCCUCUUUAGUGAUUUCAUUUAGCAAAUCUUUUUCCUAGUUAGGACUCCUCAGCUUCCCUGUGCUUUUAAAUCUCUGAAGUUGUCUUCACAUUAUCAACAUAACAAACUCAUUGGCAGUGGGGAGUGGUUUAGAGUCUGGUUUCUUUGUUUCUAUUAUUUAAAGCAUAAGCGUUUUAUUAAUUUAAAUUCCAUUGUGAACUGCUGAAUUUUCAUCCCUGGUGGGAAGGUCACAAUAGUAUUUGUUUCAAUAGAUAACUGUUUCUCCCUGGGCUGUUUCUGACUGAGCUGUAUUGUUUAUGCCUUAAGUACCUGUGUUAUAUGCUACAUGUCGCUUUGAAUUCUGGUAUUUAUGCAUAUCUGUAUAUGUAAGUAUGUUAAUGUACACUGAUAUUUUGCUGUAUUUGUCAGUAUGUUUAUGUGAAAAUUUUGGUCUUGGAAAAUGGUGGGUGAUGUGUGGCUUGUUAUUUGGGUAUGUGUAUUUAUUUGUAUAUAUUUAUGUAUUUACCUUCAUAUUAACUUGUUUGGAGGUGUGCUUAUGCCAGUGAACGAGAGUACAAUUUGAUGCAUGUAUUUGAUGCAUGUCCCUAUUUGUAUUUAAAAUAACUCACAUUGAUAGUUAUUUUUUAAAGUUAAUUUUUUUGGUGUUUACAGUUGGCCCUCUGUAUCCACAGGUUCUGCUUCUGCAGAUUCAGCCAACCAUAUAUCAAAAAUAUUUGAGAAAAAAUUAAUAAUAUAACAAUAAAAAAUACAAAUAAAAAAUACUGUAUAAUAACUAUUUGGAUAGCAUUUACAUUGUAGGUAUUAUAAAUAAUUUAGAGGUGAUUUGAAGUAUUUGGGAGAAUCUGUAGGUUAUAUGCAAAUACCAUGCCAUUUUAUAAAAGUGACAUGAGCAUCCAAGGAUUUUGGUAUCCAUGAGGGUUCCUGGAACCAAUCCCCCAAAGAUACCAAAGGAAGACUGUAUUUUAAAAUAAAGCUACUUCUUUACCUUUUUGUCAACUGUUGCCUUGGGUUUACUUAUUUAGGAAUGCACUUCUGCAGAAAGUUUACCAAUGUGUUAUUGAUCUCAAGAGACUAUUAAAAUAAUUUAAAAGAUUUAUU